GGUUUUUUUGACUCAGUGCAGUGUGAACUCGAGUUGCACCAGCUGAAAAUGCAACAAAUGUUGCAACUCUGAUCCCCUGUUGAACCGAGUCUACCGGAUUAUCAGGUGUGGAAACACGCCUCCGUCUCAAGUCUGUCGCAACCUUCAGCAGUUUUUCUUCCAGGAUUGCCCUAAAUUUAAUUUCAUUAAAUACAUUCUGCCCUUGUAGCCUGAUCAGCUUCCCUCGCUCUGCUAAUGAAAAGCGUCCCCCACAGAAUGAUGCUUCCAGGUUUCACGUUCCUCAUAUGUAGCUAACUGCACGUGACUGCAAAAUUUGUUGGAGUGCACAACUGAUACUCAGUCGUCAUUGUCUUCCUAACCUGAGUUAUUUAUUGGUCUUCAUUAAGUUUACUAACAAACCUUUGAGGAUUUCACAGACCAACUGAAUUUAUAUUGAAAUUGUUACUAAACUGAUUUAAUUUCUCUAGGCAAUUAAUUGAAAGCGCUUGAUUCAGGGGAAUCAGAAAAGAAGAGGGUUGAAUACCAGAAUUUUAGUUGUUGAAUAUUUUGAAAGAGGUGUAUUCUUACACUUCAUAAGUAAGCACUAUACAGUGUUAAACUAUAACAUAAAAUCCUGAUAAAAUACACAAAUUUGUUGUGAUUAGCACGACAAACGUUCCAGUAUUUUUGCAAGCCGUCUCUCCAACUGCAUGUCUGCAUAUUGCUUUCAAGCAUUUACUUAGUUAUUCUUACAGUAACAGGGCCGUAGGAUGCAGGGCUGUAAAAAGCUGUGCUUACAAAGGCCAUUGUAUGCAACGCAGACACGAGAACCCAAAGAGGAAACCUAUACGGUUUGUGUUUCUUAGCCUGAGAGGAGAUGAAUUCAAUCCACGCCACAGGAAACGAGAGAGGAGAUUGUCAUUUUUUUUCUCCACCCCCUUCUAUGCUAACGCCUGUAAUGUGUUGCAGUCAAUUCGCCUGCAGUGAAGCGGUACGAAGAACUGCGACACCUGUGGAUUUUUACCUGGAAGUGGAUAUCAAGUAGGAGAGCCGGGGUUUACUCUCCUAACCCUGCAGGAGCCCAUCAUUCAUGCCUGACUUUGAGCUUGUGGUGCUAACUGGCUGCUAAUUUCCCACCAAUACACUGGGCUUUCUCCUCAUGCAGAAACUGGCUUCUUCAAGGGGAAACCAUCUUAAUGGGAUUAUCUGUCAGAGGCAUGGGCCUGUCUAGACCAUCCAAUACACAACAGCCAGCAUCGUGCCCCCAGUACUUCCCCACGGUCCUAGCUGAGGAUGCCCUCAGGUACGACUUACCUGCAGGAACAUUGCAUGGUAUCACCACACCAUUAUGGGUUCACACAGAGUUUCCCCACCCACUCUGUAAUUUGGUAGAGAAAGGAGAGAGAAAAGAAGCGUAAAAGGGGACUGUUAUGUAAUGUGACGUUUUAGCCACUUUCACAUCAGCAAGUUCCCCAUCUCACUGCGUGCAUUACGUUUGUGCUCCAGAAAGAAAAGAUCUUUGUCUUUUUGAGGAAACAGCAACACAUUCCACUUGACAACCCUCUCCACUCCAUUUCUCCUAAUUGCGUCAAAUGACUCGCGCUGAGUCUUUACCAUGUUACACAAACACACUAAGUGGCAUCUCUGCGAUCAGUUAUGUACGUGUCAAUGAUAUUUACGCCGGUUUCUGGAGCUGCCGCCAGAGCCUGGUCUGCAGCAGGAAAGUCUGUCCAUAUUUGUUUUAAAGUCUCUUAGCAGUUAAUAAAGGUGCAUUUCCUCCUUCCCCCUUCCUGUGGGGACGGUGUCAGGGCUCUGUUAAGUCUCUUUGAUUUCCAGCACCCCUCCAAUCACAGCGGGACCCUGACUCGUCAUUGUGUCACUUCAAAGCCUGGGAAUGGCUCUCCUGGCUCCACCUACCAAAGGGUCCCCCUUAAAAGUCAUGGUCACUCUCUCUGGCAGCAUCCAUCUGAUGCGACAGGACGGAACCGUUUGGACUGACCUUAAGCUGCUGGAUUUGUCUUCAACACAUGGGACGGGGGCGGGGGUGGAUGACGGGGGGCUACAUUUUUGGAUUUAUCCAACAUUUGGAUUGCUCGUCAUCCUUUCAUGCAUAGAAAUCCCAAACUUCUCCUGUCUGGCCACUGAAACCGGAAAAUGCAGUCCAUCCGGGGUGAGUUCCCGACGCCUUUUUGCGAUCCUAACCCUGCGAGAUCGCAGGGUUAGGAUCGGUUAGGAUAUUUACAAUUCAAUAAAAAUUCAAAUUUUUAUUGAAUUGUAAAGCAGAAUUGAACCUGUUCUCCUCGGUUCAUCCCUGAUCAAAGACUCAAUCCCUUUUGGUGUCAAAUGUCUAUAGUAAAUCUUACUUUGCUGCAGAGCUGAAGUCCAACUUCAGCGGUCCACCUCCUGCCUCCAUGGCCGCCGGCCCUGAUCCCUAUCUUCAGGGCAGCAUCAGGAUGACUCUGGAAGACCUUGAACUAUGGAAGACAUUCCAUGAAAUUGGAACGGAGAUGAUAAUAACCAAACCGGGCAGGAGGAUGUUCCCACACUGUAAAGUGAAUUUAUCUGGUCUUAUUCAGUGUGCCAAGUACAUCUUACUGGUUGACAUGGUUCCAGAGGAUGGCUUCAGGUAUAAGUGGAAUAAAGAGAAAUGGGAGGUGGCAGGAAAAGCGGAGCCUCAGCCUCCCUGCAGGACCUACCUCCACCCAGACUCUCCAGCCCUAGGGAGCCACUGGAUGAAGCAAAGCGUCUCCUUCCUCAAGCUCAAGCUCACCAACAACACACUUGACCAGCAUGGGCAUAUCAUCUUGCACUCAAUGCAUCGUUACCACCCUCGUUUCCACGUUGUCCAAGCCGACGACCUGUUCAGUGUCCGCUGGAGUGUGUUCCAGACUUUCACCUUCCCAGAGACGUCCUUCACCGCAGUCACUGCCUACCAGAACACCAAGAUCACAAAGCUGAAGAUCAAUCACAACCCAUUUGCAAAGGGUUUCAGAGAUGAGGGCACUAAUAAAAAAAGGCGUGCAAACAAAAACCCUGCAUGCCUAGAAAAAAGGGCCAAGUUACCAGGCGUGUUGAACGAGGACUCCAAGGACAGCAGUUCACCAGGGUUCUGCCAGUCAUCAUAUGAUGGUUACGAUGGAGAAGAGGGGCGUCUGGCCAAGAGGAAAGUCGAGGAUGCUGUAAAGGAAGAGCGGUACUCCCCCUGGGGUGCCGAGAGGCAGCAGGGUGUGAGGACCGACUCUCCCGCUGGGGCGGACACAAGAGAAAUCUACAACACGGAGCAGCUAGUUCCCGCUCCUGCAUCCUACCAGCCGUACAGGGCCCAUGAGUACGGAAAGUCUCCGUCCCCCUCCUCCAGCGUUGGCAGCAGCAUCACAGGCUCUGGACGGAGCAGCUUCGAGUCCAGAGUUCCCGACAUUGCCACUGACCCCGAUCACGACUCCUCUAAGCCUGGCCCUUCCCACUGCGGACCCCAGACCCUGCCGGGCCCCCAGGACUACAGCGGAGUGCUGAACAUGACCAUGGCCCAGGCCGGCAAGCCGGGGGUCAUCGGCCACCACAUUUACAGCCCCUACAGCACGGAACAGCCGCUGGGCCAGUGGAGCGGGCCGGGGCCUGCACAGUAUCCCCCUCCUCACCCUCUGUCCGCCGACUACACCACGCAAGCGGUGCACCAUGGCUAUCACCAUGGCAACGUGGGCGAAUGGAGCCAAUAUCCGCUGUUCUCUUACUCCUGCUGGUGAGCAGGCUCUUCAGCGUCAAAUGACUGAGAGCUUAUUAAAUCUGACGGCUGAUGAGGCGCACAGACCUGACAAUGCAUGCCCCAAACCACGCUGAAGGCCUGACAAGAGGAAGGUUCUGAAAGGAGAAGAAAUGUGGCCCAGCGGGCCUCAACUUUCAGGAGACACUGAAUCUCUCCAAACCUUGGAGCCCUGCAGGGUGACCGUCCUGUCUAUUUAUUUCGUAUUUUGUCUCAUCUACAGCGUAAAUAUUAUUUUUGUACAGAAAAAGUAGAAUUAAAUCUAAGUGUGCAAAUUAUGCGUGUCCAUGUCUUGUAAUGUGAAGUGAAAAUAAAAAGAAUUUACGCAAUAUUA